CGCUAAUAUGAAUCAUUACUCUGAAAUAUUCAUAUUAUGGACAUCACAAGCCCCCCAAAAAAAUUGAUCAUGAUUUAUGCUACAUUUGGGCAGCAACGUCCACAUUUCCAUCCAAAUCAUAUCAUCUUAAUUACCGCCAUCAUCAUAGUUGUUAUUGUCACUAACAUCAUGCUCCUCAUAAAUACAUCAAUCAUCAUUCAUGUUAAAAGAAUCAUUUUGAAGCCAGCGGCAUGAUCACUUUAGUUUUUUUCAUCCACAAAAAACCAUUUGACCAUCGCACGACGUGCCAAAUCGCUCCAUAAACAUUAUCAUUAAAAGCUCUUAUAAGCGUCCUAAAAGCUAGCUUUUAAGGAUUUUUUAUGCACAUAUUGUGGUUUUAAAGAGUUUAUAUUAAGCUUAUGGUGUCAAAAGAUUUUUCAAAGAAAAUUACUAUAUUGGAGGAGGUAAGAACUUAAAAGCGUAAGCUUUUAGGCUUAAACUAUAGCUUUUAACUACAUUGUGGCACGCAAGUAGGGAUGACAACAAAAUCCGAAUCCAUGGGUACUCUGCCCGACCCAACCCGUAUUGACGGGUUUCUAGUCGGGAUUGGAUUUAAACUCGUACAUUAUUCACUGGGUUGGGUUUGAGUUUAGCGGUACCCGACCCAUGGAUACCAGCCCAUACUUAUUUCAUCGCCCUACUCUUCCCAAACCCUACCCUAAUUCUAAUUCCCCCAAUCUCACUCCCACUACACUUAUUUUGUAUGAUUUUUUUAGUGUAAUUGUGAUAUGUUUGAAUUUUCUAGAAUGAGAUUUUAUGUAUGGAUAAUUUGUAUGGGAAAAUUAAUGUUUGAAUUAUAUUUUAAUUGGAACUUGUUAUUGUAAAAAUUUUACCACAAAAAUCCAUGGGUAUACACGAACCCGCAAGUACCCAACCGGUUGGGUUGGGUUUAAAUUUCCAAACCCAAUAAAUUUUAUCCUAAAUUUUUUUUUUUUGACACGAAUAAACUCAUAAAUUUGAGUUUGGAUUUGACAAAAACCGAUCCAUUGCCAAUGGGUCGUCCCUGUCAAGUCAGUUUUUCCAAUUCAUCUCUCCUUCCUUUUACCUUCCUCUGCCUCCUCCGUGACUCGUAACUCGUAAGUCGUAGUCCCAAAUAAGAGAAGCCGCGCCCUCCGCCGAAUUUCAUUCUGCUCCCUUUCUCCACCACCGUCGUCAUGUGAAACCUGACACCCACCCACCUUCUGUUCCUCCCUCCCUCUCUCUCUCUCUCUCUCUCUCUAGGUUUCCAUCAUCUUCUUCAUCGCAACCUAACUGCAAAACCCUCUUCAUUUACCUUCUCAUUACGACCCUUCUUUAAUAUCCUUCUUUUGGGUUUCCCUUUCAAACGAAGCAUCGGAACUCCAACCCAAAUUCCAGAAUCGAUAAAUGAAAAACAGAGAAGGGAAAGGGAGAGGAGGACAUAAUUGAUCUUAUCCAAAAAUUGUUUCUUUUUGACAAAGAUCCGAUCUUUUUUUUUUUUUUUUCAAUCCCCUGAUUCAGUAGGUGAAAAUAACCAAGUAACAACUAAUACCUCUUCCAUUUUCCCUUAAUCCCUACUCCAAAGACGACCUCCCAACCGCAGGCGAAAAGGCUACAUCCCAACCGCCAUCCAAUCUUCCCCUUCCCUGGUCGUCGCAUGAGAUUCGGUUUUUAAAAUGAGUCAUGGCGGAGCUCAAACGACCCAGCAACAACAGCAGAGGGUUCUACGUCAAGAUGAGACUAAACGGGAAGCAAGCCCAGCAGAUGGAGAAGAAGAAUCCUUAUUUCAGAUUCUACAAAUGGAUACUCUGGAUCUCCCUUUCCCUCUAUUUCCUCACAUCUUUCUUCAUUAGCCACAAGCCUAUCCCUCUCUCCAAAACCCACUUCUCCAAAUCCCAUUCCACCGUCGCUUCCCGCGCCCUGUUUGAGUCUUCUUCCUCCUCUGUUUCCAAUUCGUCGUCAUUGCCGCCGCCGCCGAAGAAGAAGAACAGCCGGAGGCAUUUGUUGAAAGAUUUGAAGAUAUUCGUCUACGAUUUGCCUCCGAAGUACAAUUCCGAUUGGCUCGCCAACGAGAGGUGCGGCAACCAUUUGUUCGCCUCCGAGGUCGCCAUUCACAGGGCGAUUGCUAGCGACGACGACGUACGCACUUACGACCCAUACGAGGCCGAUUUGUUCUUCGUCCCUGUUUACGUCGCCUGCAAUUUCAGCGCCGUCAAUGGCUUCCCGGCGAUUGGUCACGCUAGGACGCUUAUUUCGUCGGCGAUUCAGCUCAUUUCCUCGAGCUACCCUUUUUGGAACCGCUCUCAGGGAGCCGAUCACGUCUUCGUCGCCUCUCACGAUUUCGGCUCUUGCUUCCACACCCUGGAAGACAGAGCGAUUGAAGAUGGAGUCCCUGAGUUCAUGAAGCAGUCGAUUGUAUUGCAGACAUUUGGGGUGAAAUAUCGCCAUCCGUGUCAGGAAGUGGAGAAUAUCGUCAUUCCCCCUUACGUCUCGCCGGUAAGCAUAAGCCGGACGCUGGAGAAAGCGCCGGUAACCGGCCGGCGGGACAUUUGGGCGUUCUUCAGGGGGAAAAUGGAGGUCAAUCCCAAAAAUGUCAGCGGCCGAUUUUACAGCAAGAAGGUGAGGACGGCGAUAUGGCGAAAGUUCAGCGGCGACCGGAGAUUCUACCUACAGAGGCAGAGAUUCGCCGGCUACCAAUCAGAGAUCGCCCGGUCAACGUUCUGUCUCUGCCCGCUGGGGUGGGCCCCGUGGAGCCCGCGGCUGGUCGAAUCCGUGGCGCUGGGCUGCGUCCCGGUGAUAAUCGCCGACGGGAUUCGUCUCCCCUUCCCGGAGGCGGUCCCCUGGCCGGAGAUAUCGCUCACGGUGGCGGAGAGCGACGUGGGGGAACUGGGGAAGAUCCUGGACCACGUGGCGGCGACCAAUUUGUCGACCAUCCAGCGGAACCUGUGGGACCCGGAGGUCCGCAGGGCCCUGCUUUACCACGAGGAGAUCGAAGAAGGCGACGCCACGUGGCAGGUGCUUUACACGCUGGCGAGGAAGCUGGACCGGUCGUGUCGGACGGUGAGGGUUUCGGACCAAUGAAUGAGGCGGGCGGAGCUGACGUGGAUGGCAGUGCAACUAACUCGGCGUGGAGGCCACCUGGUAGUAGACAGGCUGGCUUGCUUUUCUCCUCUGCUUUUCACCAACGUGGACAUUGAACAGAGAACAAUAAUGGAAUGAUGACAGCUAAGCUCUAGAUUCAAGACCUCGCCGGCUGGGGAGUUGGUCGCCGGAGCGGGAAGGAGGAUGAGCUGUUGUUUAUUGGACCCGCCGGUGAGGGUGUGACGGUAACUUGAGAUUGGAUUGUGUGUUGUGGGGUGUAAAUGAGAGAAGGUAAAAACAGAGGACCAUGUAAGAUUGAUUGGUUUGGUGCAUAAAUGCAGAAGCUGUACAGUACAGGUUAUGGAGAGUGGCACUGGCAAGUGUUUGAUUUUGGGCAGAGUGUGGUUUUGUCCAUUUGUCCUGUUUACUUUGCUGGGAGUAAUGGUCAGUAGUCAGUUAUUCAAAAAAGAAAUUGGAGGGUCUGUUGGGAUUGUGGUGGUCGUUUCUGGAAUCUGCAAAAGAACUGGUGGAAAGUGUGCGUUGGGAUAAGCCAAAGAGAGGGGUUUUUUUUUUGCCUUUUUGGUGCUUUCGAUAACUUUUGGUGCAGAAAUGAUGCAUUCUCAGUUCUCAGUUCUCACUGUCCAACAGAGGUCGAGUAGGGAGCAGCCGUUACCGCUUUGAUACUCGUACACCUAGAGAUGCAAUUAUGCAAAUGAGUCAAGCUAUUCGAAUCGAAAAAACUCAUUCGACAUUUGGCUCAUUAUUUAACAAGUCAACUCGCGAGCCGAUUCGUUAGCAAACGAGCCAAACAUGUGCUCGACCAUGCUCAGCUUGAUUAGCUCGUGAGCUUGCUUGACUUGGUGGAUUGUUGAGCUAAGCUAGCAAGCUGGCUUGUUUAGAGCUUGUAGAAAGAUUAAUUACUAUUUUGAACAUGAAUAUUAUUUUGUUAAUACAAAUGUGUUGGAAGUUAGCAGGUUUUCUUAGUUUUUAAUGUUCUUUUUAUCAUUUAAAUUCUCAUAUUUACACAAUUUUCAACAAGAAUAAUUUCAUAUUGAGCUCAUCAUGAGCCGAGCUAGUACUACGCUCGACAAGCUGUGGUAAUGAGCAUUUACCGAGCUAUGCCAAGUCGACCUCGAGCUAGAUUCUUUGUAUUCAAGCCAAGCUCGAGCUGGAUUAUAAAAAUUCGAGUUCGAACCGAGCUCGAGCUAGAAAAAUUUAUAAACGAGUCGAGCUCCAUCUAAUCGAAAACUCGACCCGGCCCGUUUGCAGCCCUAGAUACGCCCAAUUGACAGCAUGAAAUAUGGUAUGGGGGAUUUUGAAUUGUCAUGUUUUGACUUUUGAGCCCAUUGCAAUUGUUUGUAGUGUAACAAAUAAUUCGAAUUGACUUGUCUGAUUUCUCAAUUGUUCUAUCCAAAUGUUCUCAACAAGUUUACUGAUAAACGAUAUGAGGGUUACAUUUUCCAUCGCUUUUGGAGACAUCACAUAUCGAUUUUGGACUCUUGGAUCGACGAAAUGUGACAUAAACAAUCUAACCAAAAUAACGUGUAGCCGCGUAUAUUAGCUUCGACGAUCAAAAGAAGUGAGUCAAUCCUUAAUUAGAGUAACCCAAAACUCCAAUAUCUAACAAACAAGUAUUUUUUAAAAAGUAGUUCAACCGUUUUAUACCGUAAAAACUGCCUAUCGAUUUGGAAUAUGGUAACAAGUCAUCAAUGGAUUCAUAACGUGACCGACUCAUUAAUGACUCAACUAAGUAGAAGUGGCAAAUCUCAUCCACACUAUAGAUGUCACGGGGAAUUGGUGACGGAAUAGAGAGUGGUCACUAAUUUCUCCUCCCAGUAUCUCACGGACGAGAGUGACAACGAUAAUGCAAACGAAGCUGACAAGACCCAGGCCCACGAGCAAAGUGCAGUAAACCGGCCCAGACAAAAAAAAAUGGUGCAGAAUGGU